UCCGCGACAGUCAAUGGGCGCGGGCGCGCGCGCGGGCGUCGCUGUGGCUGAGCCUGUCGGGAUGGCAGCGGGCUGCGCAGCGGCGGCCCCCACAGCGGAAUGAGAGUUCGUCGGGAUGGCGGAGAAACCGUCGGCGCUGUUCGUGAAGCUGUUCGCCGCCGGAUUCUACGGCGUGAGCUCGUUCCUGAUCGUGGUGGUGAAUAAAAGUGUUCUCACCAACUACAGGUUCCCGUCGUCCAUAUGUGUGGGGAUAGGACAGAUGCUGGCCACGGUGACCGUGCUGUGGGUGGGCAAGGCAUCCCGGGUGAUCAGCUUCCCCGACUAUGAUGAUAACAUUCCCAACAAGACUUUCCCUCUACCUCUCCUCUAUGUGGGAAACCAAAUCACUGGUCUGUUUGGUACCAAACGGCUCAACCUGCCGAUGUUUACAGUCCUCAGGAGGUUCUCCAUUUUAUUCACCAUGUUGGCUGAAGGACUUCUGCUCAAGAAGAAGUUCUCUUGGCCGGUUCAGCUGACAGUAUUUACAAUGAUCCUCGGAGCUUUUAUAGCUGCCAGUGCAGAUUUGACCUUUGACCUGCAGGGCUACGUCUUCAUCCUGCUGAACGACGUCCUGACUGCAGCUAACGGAGCCUAUGUCAAGCAGAAAUUAGAUGCAAAGGAGUUGGGGAAGUAUGGAUUAUUGUAUUAUAAUGCAUUAUUUAUGAUCAUUCCCACCAUGCUGUUGGCCAUUGUAACGGGAGAGCUGAACAAGGCGAUGGAGUUUGAUGGCUGGUCCGAUAUACUUUUCCUGUCCCAGUUCAUCCUGUCUUGUGUCAUGGGGUUUGUUCUGAUGUAUUCCACGGUAUUAUGUACUCAGCACAACUCGGCGUUAACUACCACCAUUGUGGGCUGCAUCAAGAAUGUCCUGGUGACCUACAUUGGGAUGAUCAUGAGCGGAGACUACAUUUUCUCCUGGACCAACUUCAUAGGUUUGAACAUCAG